AGUUCCGGCUGACUAGUACACUAGAGCUGAGCUGUGUUGGACACCCUCAGUUUGUUGUAGGAGGUUAUGUUGGCUGUUGAUUCUGUCCAGUCCUUGUCCAUCCUGUGAAAUGUUCCAUUUAGGCCAGUCACCAACCCCUCAAAGCUCAGGAGGCUCAUCCUCACGAUUGUUUAGCUCAAGAACACACUAUGAAGUAUUAGGAGUCCAAAAUAAAGCCUCCUCAAAGGAAAUAAAAGCAGCAUUUCUCAAGCAGUCAAAACUGGUUCACCCAGAUUCACACGCUGGAGCUGAAGACAAGGGCAGCCAUGACAAGUUUGUGAGACUUAAUGAGGCAUACAUGAUUCUGAGUAAAACAAGUUCAAGACAAGAGUACGACAUGACUCUGGCAAUGCAGAGGAUCAAACAGCUUCAGUCUGCAGCCAAUGGCAGGCAUGCAAAAGCUUCUACACAAAUGGGUUUUCAACAACCGACUGGUAAAGACCACAUAUUCUGGGAUGACACCAUCUGGCAUAUGAGAGACAAGUCCAAAGACAAGAUGUACGAAGGCCAGCCAUACUAUGGAAUCAGGGGAGUGAACAAACUCCCUAAUUCCUACAUAGUUUAUGCCUGCCUAGGCCUGGUAGCUUCAGGGAUUAUGCUGCAUUUUAUAGCUUUAAGGCAUUCACGCAGAAUGAAUAGCAGAAUACUUGACGAGAGGGACAGACAAAACAACCGCCUUUAUUUACAGUCUAAGCAUCUGGCAAAAGUUAAUGGAACUACUCUACAGCUGGAACUGUUGAGAUCUCGGGUAGAAGAACCCAAGUCCAGUAAAAAGGACUUGUCAAAGGAUUAAGUAGGAAGAGUGUGAAACAGUGUGACAAACGGGCGAUGUUAAUGCUGUGGACUUGAACUAUGGGCCUGUUUUCAUCUUUUGUUUUAUUUUAAGCACAGAUCUAAAGCAGAUAAAAAUGAUUUUACACAUAUUAACGUUGAGAGACUGGAGGACUGAAACUUUGUCAAGACAAUGACCUUGCAGCAGUCCGUGAAGAUAUGCUGGGAUAUUUUAUUGUCACGUCUGUGAUAUUUUCCUGUCAAUUUUGACCGGAAUUGUGUGUUUAGACAACAUGUUGUAAAUACUGUACAUUUUUGUAAU